GCCAGAAAAAACAAAAUCCAAAUAAACGCCCAAAACAUUUCCCCAAUCUCCAAACCCCCAAAAAUCCAUCGCCACCAGGAGGAAAAAAGCAAAAGAACCCUACCGACGAUGUUCCGGCAAGCGUCACGCCUCUUGGCUCGAACUACCACCCCAUGGAGGAGAAGUCGAGCAUUUUCGUCAGAUGUACCAGCCACACCCGCUCAAGAUUCGAGCUUCAUCGAAUCAUGGUCCAAAGUCAUACCCAACUUAGACCCUCCCAAGACACCAUCUUCUUUCAUGACCCCUCGCCCCGCCACCCCUUCUGCUAUCCCUUCUAAACUCACCGUUAACUUUGUUCUUCCUUAUGCAUCUGAGCUCUCCGCUAAAGAGGUUGACAUGGUAAUAGUUCCAGCAACAACUGGACAGAUGGGUGUUUUGCCUGGACAUGUCCCUACAAUUGCUGAACUGAAACCUGGGAUCUUGUCGGUGCAUGAAGGAAAUGAUGUCACAAAAUAUUUCCUUAGCAGUGGUUUUGCUCUUAUCCAUGCCAACUCUGUUGCGGAUAUUAUUGCUGUGGAAGCAGUGCCAGUCGACCGCCUUGACCCAGCCUUGGUCCAGAAGGGUCUGGCUGACUUUACUCAAAAGCUUGGCUCGGCUACAACUGAUCUGGAGAAAGCUGAAGCCCAAAUAGGUGUUGACGUUCACAGUGCUAUGAAUUCAGCUAUCACAGGUUAAUCAUUUUCUUAACCAGCUUUGGUUCAAUCCUAAGACUUUUUUUCUCAUAUUGCUUCCCUUUUUUUUAUGUGUUCAUGAUCAACAAAUGACUGAGAUAUCUCAAGAUGCCUAAAUUGUUGGAUUUCAGAGUUUGGAAUAAAAUUUUCUGAAACAAGAAGCUUGUACUUGCUAUA